AUGGAUAUAGACAAUGAUUUACCAAGUUGUGUGCAGGCUCGAUUCAAGUCAGAUACAGGAGAAGAAACUGGUAGUCCUUUGGAUUUGCCUUUAAACGUUACUAAAGAUCAACUUACACUUAUAUGCAAUGCCUUAUUAAAAGAGGAAGAUACACCUUUCCUUUUUUUUGUCAAAGAUGUUGAAAUAACAUCUACAUUAAGGGAAGCCUUAGAUAUUACUUCACUCAACUCUGAAGAAGUUGUAGAUAUUAUAUAUCAGCAACAAGCAGUUUUUAAAGUCAGACCUGUCACUAGAUGCACGAGUUCGAUACCUGGUCAUGCAGAAGCUGUUAUAUCAACAAAUUUUAGCCCAUCUGGGAAACAGUUGGCAAGUGGUUCAGGUGAUACAACUGUGAGAUUUUGGGAUCUACAGACUCAAACUCCUUUACAUGUUUGUAAAGGUCACUCUAAUUGGGUGUUAUGUAUUAGUUGGUCACCAGAUGGAACAAAACUAGCAUCAGCAUGUAAACAAGGUAGGAUUAUGCUCUGGGAUCCAGUGUCAGGCAAUCAAAUCGGGAAAACAAUGAUGGGACAUAAACAAUGGGUUACAGCACUGGCUUGGGAACCUUAUAUUAGGAAUUCAGAAUGUCGUAAACUUGCUAGUUCAUCUAAAGAUGGUGAUGUAAGAAUAUGGGACACAAUAACAUGUCAUACUAUUCUGAGUCUGACAGGACAUUCUAAAGCUGUUACCUGUGUUAAGUGGGGUGGAAUGGGUCUUAUUUACACAUCUUCUCAAGAUAGAACUAUAAAGGUCUGGAGAGCAGAUGAUGGGAUACUUUGUAGAACAUUAGAAGGUCAUGCACACUGGGUGAAUACAUUAGCUUUAAGCACAGAUUAUGUCCUUAGAACUGGCCCUUUCCAUCCUAUCUUAGACAGAUUUGAUUCUACAAAUGAUAAAAAUACAUUGCAGCAGAGGGCUUUAGAAAGAUAUGAGAAAACAUGCCCUAAAGGAGAGGAAAGAUUGGUGUCAGGAUCUGAUGACUUUACAUUAUUUUUGUGGUUACCAGAGAAAGAGAAAAGGCCUUUAGCACGAAUGACAGGUCACCAACAGCUAAUUAAUGAUGUUAAAUUCUCUCCAGAUAUGAGGAUCAUAGCUUCUGCAUCUUUUGAUAAGUCUGUCAAGUUAUGGGAUUCAAGCAGUGGUAAAUUUAUAACAACAUUAAGAGGGCAUGUACAGGCUGUAUAUAUGGUUGCAUGGUCUGCAGACUCAAGACUUUUGUUAAGCUCUAGUGCAGAUUCAACUUUAAAAGUAUGGAGUAUGAAAACAAAAAAACUGGAAUUAGAUUUACCAGGACAUGCUGACGAGGUAUAUGCAGUUGAUUGGUCACCAGAUGGAACAUAUGUAGCUUCAGGAGGGAAAGAUAAAGUACUAAAAUUGUGGCAACAC